GGGGGGAGUGGGGAGGGACAGCAUUAGGAGAUACACCUAAUGCUAAAUGACGAGUUAAUGGGUGCAGGAAAUCAACAUGGCACAUGGAUACGUAUGUAACAAACCUGCACAUUGUGCACAUGUACCCUAAAACCCUAAAGUAUAAUAAAAAAAAAUAAUAAAUAAAAAUAAAAAUAAUUAAAAUAUGAAAAAAAUAAAAUAAAAUAAAAUAAAUUAAAUCACUGAAGUAUGAAUGGGAAGAGGAAAAAAAACCCUUAAAUCUGUCCAUGACAUUUCAGACACUAAGGAUAAAAGAAUAUUUUUUUUUUUUUUGAGACAGAGUUUCACUCUCGUUGCCCAGGCUGGAGUGCAAUCACAUGAUCUUGGCUCACUGCAACCUCUGCCUCCCAGGUUCAAAUGAUUCUCCUGCCACAGCCUCCUGAGAAGCUGGGAUUACAGGCAUGCACCACCAUGCCUGGCUAAUUUUGUAUUGUUAGUAGAAAUGGGGUUCACCGUGUUGGCCAGGGUGGUCCCAAACUCCUGACCUCAGGUGAUCUGCCUGCCUCGGCUUCUGAAAGUGCUGGGAUUACAGGCGUGAGCCACCCGCACCCAGCCUGGAUGAAAGAAUAUCUUUAAAAGCUUCCAGGAUGGCCAGGCACAGUGGCUCACGCCUGUAAUCCCAGCACUUUGGGAGGCCAAGGCGGGGGGAUCACGAGGUCAGGAGAUCGAGACCAUCCUGGCUAACACGGUGAAACCCUGUCUCUACUUAAAAAAAAAAAUACAAAAAAUUAGCCGGGCAUGGUGGCGGUUACCUGUAGUCCCAGCUACUCGGGAGGCUGAGGCAGGAGAAUGGCGUGAACCCGGGAAGCGGAGCUUGCAGUGAGCCGAAAUUGCACCACUGCACUCCAGCCUGGGCGAAAGAGUGAGACUCCAUCUCAAAAAAAAAAAAAAAAAAGCUUCCAGGAAGUUGGUCAGUAAGUUUGGCCAAAAAAGGAAAAAAAAGCUUCCAGGAAGAAAAAACAAGUCACCCACCACAAAACAACAAAAACCGAUUCCCAAGCCAACAAAAGCUCCCCAAAACAAAAACACAAACUAGACAUCAGGCAGUGAGGAAUCCUGAUUCCCUGAGAGAUGGAAACAAUCAAGGUGAGCCCCGUGAUGGUACUAGCUUAUUACUUUGAGAAAGUUUCCAGACACAGCAUAGAGAAGAGGGGACCCAGGUGGUGCCCAGUGCACUCCUUGAGUUAGGAGAUGCAUCUGGGAGUCUGGGGAGACCAAAGCAGUUAGAGUACUAAAGAGGAAAGAACCAUCCAAAGAUUCCCCUUUCCCCAGUCAGUAUUCAGCGGAGUAUUGAUCAGUGCAGUCAUUUGUGGUAACUACUCAAGGUCAAGAGAAACCUAUCUGAAAGGAUUCGAGGAUAGUGCCUGAUGUGUGUUCUGGGCUGAGAACAGUGCCUGUUUUCACCAGCUAGACUGGAAAAACACAUACAGGCCUAUCUUAAUUUAUUGUGCUUUGGUUUGUUGCGCUUUGUAGAUAUUGCAUUUUUUUUUUUUCAAACAAAUUGAUGGUUUGUGGCAGCCUGCAUCCAGCAAGCCUGCUCCAAUUUUCCAACAGCACGUGUUCACUUUGUGUCUCUGUAUCGCAUUUUGGUAAUUCUCAUAAUAUUUCAAGCUUUUUCAUUAUUAUUAUAUCUGUUAUGAUAAUCCAUUAUGAGUGAUCUUUGAUGUUACCAUCAGAAUUGUUUUGGGGCAUCACAAACCGCACCCAUAGGAGAUGAUGAACUUAAAUGAUGUGUGUGUUCUGACUGCUUCACUGACUGGCUGUUCCCUCAUUUUUUGCCUUAUCCUCUGACUUCCCUAUUCAUUGACCAUAACAAUAUUGAAAUUAGGCCAAUUAAUAACCCUACAAUGGCCAAUAAAGGCUCAAGUGAAAGGAAGAGUCACAAUUCUCUCAUUUUAAAUCAAAAGCUGGAAAUGGUUAAGCUUAGUGAAGGAGGCAUGUUGAAAGCCAAGACAGGCUGAAAGCUAGACCUCUUGCACCAAACAGCUAAGUUGUGAAUGCAAAGGAAAAGUUCUUGAAGGAAACUAAAGCACUACUUCAGUGAACACAAAUUAUAAGAAAGUGAAACAGCCGUAUUGCUGAUACGGAGAAAGUUUGAGCGGUCUGGAUAAAAGAUCAAACCAACCGUAACAUUCCGUUAAACCAAAGCCUAAUCCAGAGCAAAGCCCUAACUCUCUUUAAUGUGAAGGCUGAGAAUGGUGAGGAAGCCGCAGAAGAAAAGUUUAAAGCUAGCAGAGGUUGAUUUAUGAGGUUUAAGGAAAGAAGCCGUUUCUAUAACAUAAAAGUGCAAGAUGAAGCAGUAAGUGCUGAUGUAGAAGCUGCAGCAAGUUAUUCAGAAGAUCUACCUAAGAUAGUUGAUGAAGAUAGCUACACUAAACAACAGAUUUUCAGUGCUGACAACAGCCUUGUACAAGAAGACGAUGCCAUCUAGGACUUUCUUUUUUAUGUUUAUUUUUUUAUUUUUUAUUUUUUUAUUUUUGAGACAGAGUCUCACCAUGUUGCCCAGGCUGGAGUGCAGUGGUGUGAUCACGGCUCACUGUAGCCUUGACCUCCCAAACUCAAGCCAUCCUCCCAUCUCAGCCUCCCACCUAGCUGGGACUACAGAGGUACACCACCAUGCCCAGCUAACUUUUUUAUUUUUUGUAGAAAUGGGGUCUCACUGUGUUGCCAGGACUGGUCUUGAACUCCUGGGUUCAAGUGAUCCUCCCACCUCGGCCUCCCAAAGUGCUGGAAUUACAUGUGUGAGCCACAGCACCCAGCCUCUAGGACUUUCAUAAAUAGAGAGAAGUCAGUGCCUGACUCUCUUGUUAGGGGCCAAUGCAGCUGGUGACUUUAAGUUGAAGCCAGUGCUUAUUUACCAUUCUGGAAAUCCUAGGGCCCUUAGGGAUUAUGCCAAAUCUACUCUGUGCUCUUUAAAUGGAUCACCAAAGCCUGGAGGAUAGCACAUCUGUUUACAGCAUGGCUUACUGAAUAUUUUAAGCCCACUAUUGAGUCCUACUGCUCAGAAAAAAAGAUUCCUUUCAAGUAUUACUGCUGAUUGACAGUGCAGCUAGACACCAAAGAGCUCUAAUGGAGCUGUACAAGAGGAUUAAUGUUGUUUUCAUGCCUACUAACACAACAUCCAUUCUGCAGCCUAUGGAUUGAGUCAUUUCGACUUUCAAGGCUUAUUAUUUAAGAAAUACAUUUUGUUAGGCAAUAGAUUCCUCUGAUGGAUCUGGGCAAAAAAAAAAUUGAAAGCCUUCUCAAAAAGAUUCACCAAUCUAGAUGACAUUAAGGGCGUUCAUGAUUCAUAGGAGGAUGUCAGAAUAUCAACAUUAACAGGAGUUUGCAAGAAGUGGAUUCCAGCUCUCAUGCAUGACUUUGAGGGAUUCAAGCCUUCAGUGGAGGGAGUCACUGCAGAUUUGGUAGAAAUAGCAAGACAACUAGAAUUAGAAGUGGAGCCUGAAGAUGUGACUGACUUGCUGCAAUCCCAUGUUAAAAACUUUAAUGGAUGGGGAGUUGCUUCUUAUGGAUGAGUAAAGAAAGUGGUUUCUUGAGAUGAAUCUACUCCUGGUGAAGAUGCUGUGAACAUUGUUGAAACUUCAACAAAGUACUUAGAAUAUUCUGCAAACUUAGUUAAUAAAGCAGUGGCAUGGUUUGAGAGGAUUGACUCUAAUUUUGAAAAAAGUUCUACUGUAGAUAAAAUGCUAUCACGGCCAGGCACAGUGGCUCAUGCCUGUAAUCCCAGCACUUUGGGAGGCCAAGGUGGGCGGAUCACCUGAGGUCAGAACUUCAAGACCAACAUGGUGAAACUCUGUCUCUACUAAAAAUACAAAAAUUAGCUGAGCGUGGUGGUACGCACCUGUAAUCCCAGCUACUCAGGAGGCUGAGGCAAGAGAAUCGCUUGAACCCGGGAGGCAGAUGUUGUAGUGAGCUGAGAUCACACCACUGCUCUCCAGCUUGGGCAACAGAGUGAGACUCCUCCUAAAAAUAAAUAAAUAAAUAAAAUGUUAUCAAAUAGUGUGGCACAUUACAGAGAAGUCUUUUGUGAAAGGAAGAGUCAGCUGAUGUGACAGACUUCAUUGUUGUCUUAUUUUAAGAAAUGGCUGCUGUCAUAGUGGAUCAUGCCUGUAAUCCUAGCACUUUGGGAGACAGAGGCAAGAGGAUCACUUGAGACUAGGAGUUCAAGAUCAGCCUGAGCAGCAUAACGUUAUCCCAUCUUUACAAAAACAGAUUUUUAAUUAGCUGGCAUCAUGGUGCACCUGUAGUUCUAGCUACUCUGGAGGCUGAGGCAGGAGGAUUGCUUGAGAAGGAAGCAGUCUUUCUGGAGGAUUGCUCCAGAAGGUCAAGGCUGCAGUGAGCUAUGAUUGCACCACUGCAUUCCAGACUGGGUGACAGAAUGAGACUCUAUUUCAAAAAAAAAAAAAAAAAGAAAAGAAGGAGAGAGAGGGAGAGAAAGAGACGAAGGAAAGGAAAGGAGGGGGAGGGGAAGGGAGGGAAAGGGAUUGCCACAGCCUCUUAACCUUCAGCAACCAACACCCUGAUCAGUCAGCAGGCAUCAGCAUGGAGGCAAGACCCUCCACCAGCAAAAAGAUUAUGACUCACUGAAGGCUCGGUUGAUUGUUCGCAUUUUUUAGUAAUAAAGUAUUUUUAAAGUUAAGGUGUGUACAUUUGAUUUUUUUAGAUGUGUUACUGCAUACUUAAUAGACUAUGGUACAUUGUAAACAUAACUUUUAUAUGUACUAGGAAACCAAAAUAUUUGUGUGACUUGCUUUAUUGCAUUAUUCACUUUAUUAUAGUGAUUUGGAACCAAGCCUGCAAUAGCUCUGAGGUAUGCCUGUAAUUCACUGGGCCCUGGGUAGAGCACUCAGGUGGAUUUUGUCUCAGUAGCAGGGAAAAAUCAACCCUAGACUGAGCAAUGGCUCCAGACCUUCCUAAUAAUUCAUAAAAGCAGGACCCCAAAGGAUCAAACUGUUUUCAAGUAACUUAACUGCUUUCCAGAACAAAGCAUAAGAAUAUUUAUAGGAAUACAAAAAUAUUUAGCAUCCAGCAAGGUAAAAUUCAUGGUGUCUGGCAUCCAGAGAUCAUCAGGCUUAAAAAAAGCAGGAAAACACAAUUGAUAAUGAGAUAAUCAGUCUUCAAAAUUGGCCUGGAAUUGACAGAAACGUUAGAAGAACAGGACAUUAAAACAGUUAUUAUAACUGCAUUUCAUAUGUUCAAGAAGCUAGAGGAAAGACUGAGCCAUAGAAGAUAUAAAAAAAAGACCCAAAGUUGGGUGCAGUGCCAUGUGCCUGUAGUCUCAGCUAUUCAGGAGGCUGAGGCAGGAGGAUCACUUGCACCCAAGAGUUCAAGGCCAGCCUGGGGAACAUAGCAAGACCCCUGUCUCAAAAACAAAAAAAAAACCCAAAUCAACUUCUAGAGAUGAAAACUACAAUGUCUAAGAUGAGAAAUACACUGGAUAAUAAUGAAUGCAAUAAUUGAGAAUUUUUUAAGAGGAAAAAUACACUGGAUGAGAUUAAUGGCAGAUUGGAUAAUGCCAAAAAAAAAGAUUAGUGAAUUUGAAGCCAUAGCAGUAGAAACUAUCCAAGAUGAAGUGCAGAGAAAAUAAAGAAUCCUAAGUCAUAGUCAUGAGGACAGAAUAAAGACAUUUUAUGUCUUUUUGUUUUGUUUUGUUUUCCUUUUUGUGGAGAAGAGGGUCUCUCUAUAUUGCCCAGGCAGGUCUUAAACUCCUGGGCUCAUACUGUCCUCCUGCUUCUGCCUCCCUAAGAGCUGGGAUUACAGGUGUGAGCCACCACGCUCCCCCAGAAUAAAAUAAAGACAUUUUAAAACUAAAAAAAAAAAAAAAAAAAAAAAAAGUUUGUUUUGCAUUAAUCUUUUUUUUUCUUUUUUUUUUUUUUUUGAGACGGAGUUUCACUCUGUCACCCAGGCUGGAGAGCAAUGGCAUGAUCUCGGCUCACCGCAACCUCUGCCUCCUGGGUUCAAGUGAUUAUCCUGCCUCAGCCUCCCAAGUAGCUGGGAUUACAGGUGUGAGCCACCACGCCUGGCCAGAAUAAAGACAUUUUAAAACUAAAAACAAACAAAAAAAGUUUGCUUUGCAUUAAUCAUUUCUUUUUUUUUUUUUUUUUUUUUUGAGAUGGAGUUUCACUCUGUCACCCAGGCUGGAAAGCAAUGGCACGAUCUUGGCUCACCGUAACCUCUGCCUCCUGGGUUCAAGUGAUUCUCCUGCCUCAGCCUCCCAAGUAGCCGUGAUUACAGGUGUGUGCCACCACACCUGGCUAAUUUUUGUAUUUUUAGUAGAGAUGGGGUUUCACCAUGUUGGCCAGGCUGGUCUUGAACUCCUGACCUGAGGUGAUCUGCCCGCCUCAGCCUCCCAAAUUGCUGGGAUUACAAACGUGAGCCACUAUGCCCAGCCUGCAUUAAUCCUUUCUUAGCUAUUGGAUAAUGUGUUCCAUCAAACAAGGUAGUUAACCAAGAAAGAGGAGACAAGUAACCCACAGAGCCAAAUCCAUCAACUGAGAGCUCCAGGAUGAUACCAAAGAAUGUGAACGUCCAGCCAGAAUGAGGUUGAAGAAGAAAGGGAAUUUGAGUUUCGGAUAUGUUUAAGUCAGUGGUUCUCAAUCGGGGUGAAUUUGUCUUCUCCUUCCCCCUAGACAUUUGACAAUGUUUGGAAAUAUUUUUGGUUUGCAUUUGGAAUGGCGGUGGGGGUGGGGGGGGGUGCUAUAGGCAGCUAGUGAGGGCCUACAAUGCGCAGGGCAACCCCACAGAACAAAGAAAUGUCAAGCCCAAAAUGAAAAUAGUGUUACUGUUGAGACAUCCUGGAGUAGGCAAAUUGGAUGGGGAUGUUAGAUAAAAAACAGAAUUGAUUUGUAAAAAAAAAUUAUACACAUGAAAAAAAUGAAGCUGUUACUACUUCUAAGGAUAAUAAUAAUAAAGCAAAUUGGAAUGUAAAAUGUACUUAGCCUGCAGUAAAUAAUAUUUACAUGGUUUUAACAUUGUAAACAAUAAUUGUUAAUAAACCACUUCAAGCGACAGCAGCGCAAGAUGGCAGCCACCACGGGCUCAGUAGUAAAAGUCCCUUGCAAUUUCCAACUGUUGGAAGAAUUCGAAGAAAGCCAGAAAGGAGUAGGAGAUGACACAGUUAGCUGGGGUCUAGAAGAUUACGAAGACUUGACACUUACAAGUUGGACAGGGAUGAUAAUUGGGCCUCCAAGGGUGGACCCAAGAGCCGUAUCAGUGCUAGCAAAAUGGCAGAAUUCAUAUAGCAUCAAAGUUGUCCUGCAAGAGCUUCGGCGCCUAAUGAUGUCUAAAGAAAAUAUGAAACUCCCUCAGCCACCUGAAGGACAGUGUUAGAGCAAUUAAUCAAAAAGAAAAACCACAGGCCCUUCCCCUUCCCCCCAACAUUCGAUUUAAGCAGUCUUCAUUUUUCAGUAGUAAAUUUUCUAGAUAUGUCUUGUAGACCUCAGAGUACUGGAAAGGAAGCUCUCAUUCAAAGGAAGUUAAGAUACUGUAAAUGAUACUAAUUUUUUGUCCAUUUGAAAUAUAUAAGUUGUGCUAUAACAAAUCAUCCUGUCAAGUGUAGCCACUGUCCAUGUAGUUGAACUUCUAGGAUCAAGAAAGUCUGUUUAAAUUGAUUACCAUCAUAACUGGUGGGGCACAUCUAACUCAACUGUGAAAAGACAUAUCACACAGUCACCUUGCUGCUGAUUACAUGGCCUGGGGUCUCUGCCCUCUCCCCUUACCCUCCCACCUCCCACUUUCCCUGCAACAACAGCCCUCUAGCCUGGGGGGCUUGUUAGAGUAGAUGUGAAGGCUUCAGGUCGCAGCCUGUGGGAGUACUGCUGGGUGUGUGGGGUGCUUCACCUGCACCCCUGGUUUAAGUCUUAAAUGAUGCCCCUUCCAAGCCAUCAUCCUGUCCCCACACUCCUCCACUCCCGCCUUUGGCCAAAGCAUAGAUUGUAAUCCCUCCACUCCCCUCUGAGAUUGGCCUUUGGUGAGGAAUUCAGAGCUUUCCCCAUAUCUUCUCUCCCCCACCUUUAUCGAGGGGUGCUGCUUUUUAUUCCCUCAUCCUCAAGAUCCUUUUUGCACCAUCACCACCUAACACCUUCCAUGACAUUUCCUUGCUUGGGCCAGAAGCCAUCAGGUAAGGUUGGAAAGAGUCUUUGACCUCCCUUGUUUAAUUUUGGAACUGUACUUACUCACUCUCCACCAGCCUGGGAAAUGAAUAUUGGGUCCUCAGCCCUGCCACCCUCUGCUGUCAUUGGCUGAUGGGUUGUUUUUAGCUCAGGUUUUGAUAAGGUGAAAAGAAUAGUCACCAGGGUUACUCAGACCUGCCAGCUCUCGGAGUCCUUAGUGGUUAAACUCGGAGAAAGGCCACAUGAAGACACUUGGAAGCACACGUGAUCCCUCUGAAUUGUUUUGCUUUCCUGUAAUUGCUUUUGCUUUUAAAAAUUGAAGUUUUAAACAGGGCUUUCAUUUGGUCAUCCUUGCAAUCCAUUGGGGUCUAGUUUGGAAUCUGACGACUGGAACAAAAAGAACCUUGAAUCCGGUGCAUGCCUUGGUUUGGUGCUGUUGCUGCUUCUCAAGAUCCUCAGCAGGGAUUAAGAAAGAACCCGGUGUGCACAGCAGAUCCCCGAAAUUGGUGGGCUUGACCUCCUGGCAAAUUGCUGUGUCUUUCCACUUUCUGUUCAGGACCACUAAAUGCUGAAAUGUGGAUGCAUACCAAAAUAAAAGCAAUUCAUUGUGUAAAAAA